GCAAAUAUUGGUUAUAUGUCUUCUUUGUACGUGUUGGUCAAUGACCAAAAGCGAAGAUCCUCGACGGAAGUCGGCAAUGGGCGAAUGAUCCUAGCAGUCGAGCCCAACAUUUUUUUGUGUAACGCAUACUUGAACUUGAACUUGAAGGUUAUGUUGGCAUAUUUAAGUAUUGAAAUCUAUAACCGUAAAAAUUUUACUUUAUGCCAUCAAACGCCACAAAAAAAGGCGAAAAUGGCAGGUGAUAUCAAGAUAUUUCUAGCAGAUCAGAAGUUGCAAAUCGCGGACGAGAAAAUAAGGUUGGAAUGGCUGCAAAAAUUUCAAGAAAUUUUUAACGAGGAGUUAUACAUUCCUGAGGGGGAAAAGGGUUCUAGUUGUGUGAUAGAUGAAUAUAACGAGUGUAAAGAAAACAGAACGGAAAAUGCUUUAGGAAGGAAUGAGGAUUGUCCUAAGGGAAACCAGGAAGACGCGGCCAUUCUCAAGUGCGCUUCUAGGGAAAAUCGACACUGGUUUUCACAGGAUGCGGGGGUACCAUCCCGCGUUAACUUAUCCCCGGUGGGCGGGGCAGUCAACGAAAUACCACUUUCCCCGUCUAUGCGGCGACAUAGCGAAUACGAACCACUUGCAAGCGGCGGUACGUCUCUGAGGGCGGCGCCACACGUGGGCGUGGGCGAGUAUGAGCUGCGCCGCGCCCUUUUUGCUGAGCGUAAUAGGAGGGACUGUUUGAAGCACUUGGCUAAGCCAAAUACCGCUGAAUCAUCAGCAAGCCAAUCGACUGGCUUAGAAGCCAUAAGAGAAACACCUAAAGAAAAGGGCUUGGUUUCCACAAAGUGGGUACAAACUGAUAUACAGAAUGUCAAUACCGCAUUAGUUCAAUAUGAUUUGCGUACACAUUUUUCUCCUGAAAACGAGACCAGUUCCCAUUCAAUGACAGAUGAGUUAGUGGAUGCAGCUUUUCGCAACCAGCAUCUCUACCACGUAGAUCAAAGAUUAACUAGUGCCCAAAAUGAGCUACUACUCAUAAAAAAUAAUCAACAGAUUGCGAUGGAUAAGCCAAAGAGUAUUUUGUCAAAUCGAAGGACGGGAAGCCCGCGAGCUAGAUACGUGCAAGAUUUGUACCCUACCUCAUAUACACCAACAUUUAUGGAUGGCUUCAGUUAUUCUGAUCCAACUGAGGAAGUAGAAAGGGAAAGGUUUAAAAGAGAAAGGUACCAACGUGAUCUCCAGCUGCAAAUUGAAGAAAAGCAGAGACUUCAAGCAAUGCGAGAAGAACAGGACCGUAGAGAACGAGAGUUAGAAAAUAAAAGGCUUGAACAACAACUUCUCAGGAUGCAUGAAGAGCAACUUGAGGAGGAGCAAAAGAGAGCCCGUAGAAGUGAAUUGAUGCGUAGACAUAGUGACAAUAUGAUGCGUCACAAAAAUGAAUUGCACAUGCAACAACGUUCAUGGAGGAGACACGCAGAUUCUGAAAGUGGUGGAUUGGACACACUGGGACUUGGUGCUUCAGCAUUGACCCCUUCUUCUCACUAUUCACCUCCUAUAUUGCACAGGGCACCUUCUUCAAAUAUACCAGCCACGUCUGUGUUCUCAGAAUCUUCCUCUAGGUACAAACCUAGCUGUUUCCAAUCUUCUUCAUAUAGUAGUAUAUUUAGAAAGGAUACUUUAAAUCGAAUGGACUCUUUGAGUUCAUAUGAUACAAUACCACUGCGUAGUAAUAAAAAAUUUGAGCGUUUUGACUCUCUCAGUAGGAUAGAUUCAUUGAACCAGCGACUCGAAACAAUGAGCGUUUGUGGUGGACUUACGGAAAACCAAAGAAGGCACAGUGCAACGCAACAAGAUCUUAAUUUUUUACAAAGGAGUCCCCGUCUUAGAAGAAAAAAUUCUUCAUUACGUUUCGAAGACUGUUUACCCAUGCCUAUACUAAAAGCAAAAUCACCAGUAGCAAAAGAAUUACGUAAUGCCAUUCCAUUCAGCUCACAAAAAGUCGUUGGAUCAGAUGCUAUGUGUAGAAUGGAAGACCGUUGGCAGGUGCCUGCGAUUCAGCGCAACAUUAUACAUUCCCACCCGAAUUCCCCUGGACAUCAAAAUAGAAGCAACAUACUAACACAAUUAGGUGCGAUCCGGGCGCAGUUACAACGUGAACAAUUAAGAAUGGAUGAAACAUUAAGAAAACGUGGAAUAGCGAGAUCAACUUCAGAUUACUGACCUUGGUUAAAAAGUUCAAAAAUCAUCAUGCUGUCAAUUCAUCACAUCGAUUAUCCAACCAUGAAUACCAGUUACCUACAAAUAGUUAUUUUAUAUAUUAUAUUGUUAGAGUUUAUCUUUAUAUUUAUAUAUUAAUGAUCAAUUAUUGAAAAAAUAAAUAGGUAGACAUGUUGAAAACCAAU